AUGAUGAUAAAUUCAUUCAAAUUGAACCUUGCCUUGUUGUUACUCGCUCUUCUCUGUGGCUAUGUUUCAUUGAUCAAUGCUCAAACUUAUUCCAACUGUCAAAUGUUCGGAAGCCACAAAGUCGAAUGGACAUUGGAUGAAACUAAUAAUCGAUUGAGUGCUCGAUUCACGAUCAAUAAUUCAGGAGGAUGGGGAGCUGUUGGAAUGAAAAAUCCAAGUGAUGGAAGUGGAAUGACUGGAGCUACCAUUGUGUUGGGAUAUGGAAGUGGUAAUGGAACUAUUAAUGAAUAUUAUGCCAAUGGAAAUUCUCAACCAAGUCGACUCUCCACUAAUCAAUUCACUUCAGCAACUUCCACCACUUCUGGUUCGACCACAACCAUGACCUAUGUGAGAUCGUUGACUCGUCCUCAAAAUGCUCCAAGUACUUAUUAUGCUCUUUCAAAGGGAACUAAAACCACACUCUUGUUUGCUGCUCAUUCAAGUCAACAACCUUCGAGUCCAACGAAUUUUGUUGCUCAUGACGCAUAUAGUAUUUUUGCAAGUGGAAUUGAUUUCUUUUCGACAAGUACUUGUGGAACACCAAAGAAGAGUAAUGAUGGUCAAAGUUCAGUGAGAAAUGGAGUGAUGAGCAUGAUGAUUGUUGCUCUUGUUGUCUUCAUGUCUUUCAUGUUUUAA